AUGCAGCCUCCAUCUGAUGGCACCCCAGCCCCGCUCCUGCUCGCCGUGGGUGCUAAGGCCUCAGACUUCGACGUCGCCCAAAACCCCAGCCUCCACGCUCCAUGGGCUAUCAAGAUGAAGCGCGCCACGCACGGCGUCGCGUCUGGGGCGUGGUACUUUGAGGUCAAGGUCAUGCACCUCGGCCACACCUGCCUCGGGUGGGCAACCAACAUGGCGGACAUCGACAUGCCCGUUGGGUGUGGUGCCUAUGGGUUUGGGUACCGCGACAGCGAUGGCGCCAAGGUGCACAUGUCUUGGAGGGACAAGUAUGUGAUGAAGAGAUGUGCUAGGGUUCUACAUCUCUCUGACUGA